AUGUGUUAUCAUUGUAAGCAAUCAUGCCUAAAAGGCUGUUAUAAUGAAAAUUAUAAAAAUUUUCACAACUGCAUUAUAAGCAGAAGAAAGUGUGCCAGAAGGCUUCAAAGUGUAUCCAGACUCUGUGCUGCUUGAUGAGCCAUUAGAAGACGAGCUACUCCCAGAUGAGCUACCCCCAGAUGAGCUACUUCCAGACGAGCUACUUCCAGAUGAGCUACUCCCUGACGAGCUACUCCCAGACGAGCUACUCCCAGAACUUGAGCUCCCAGACGAGCUAUUGGUAGUAUUUGUACUAGACGAGCACUCAGGCAAAAAUCGAUUGCUGCCAGAGCUCCCUGAUGUCGUGCUAUUAGUAGAAUUGUUUGUUGAAGUGCUUGUUUCGUUAGCUGAAGAAGUUGUAUUGUUUGAGGUCUCUGUGCUAUUUGCAGAUGAUGUUUGGUUCGUUGUAGAAGUGCUGUUUGUUGAUGUAGAUGUUGAACUUGUCGUGCAUGUGCUGUUGGUGCUACCAGAGCUAGACCCUGAUGAAGUGCUAUUAGUAGAGUUUGAGGACCCACUUGAGCUUGAACCACUACUUGAGGACCCACUAGAGCUUGAACUACUGCCUGAAGAGCCGCUAGAUGAAGAUCCGCUUGAAGAUCCACUUGAACCACCACUUGACGAUCCGCUAGAGCUUGAUCCACUAGACCCACUUGAUGAAGAUCCACUGCUUGAGGAUCCACUGCUAGAAGAUCCACUAGAACUUGACCCACUAGAUCCAGAGCUUCCAGGAGCCACAGUAUCAGCUUUUAA